AUAUAGGACAUAACUGCUGCACCCCAAGGGACCGUCCUAUACACAUAUAUGUUCUAUGCACAUUUACACCAAAAACCAACGCCGGCCACCAGUCGAGCUCCACACGUGUGAAUAAAAGUGCGCGGCCGGGCUACAUGUGUACACACCUAACGGCGACCGCUGCGAGCUCCCCGCGCCGAGCAUCUCCCCGAAGCUGUCGACGCCAGAGGGACGCGCCGAGACGCCGAGGCUCCAGGAGAGGACCGAGCUCGAUCUCGCCGCGCUUCUGACCGAUUACUUGCAUCGAAAACAAGACGCCGGGCGAAGAUCAUGUUUGUCCCCUUGCCGGUGCCGUUCGUGUUUCAGAGAACUGCCCCCGACCUCAACGCCUGGCGCCUCAAGUCCCCCCUGGCUCUGCGCUCCAACUCCGAUAUCAGGAUGUCAAAGCCAGCAGAGGUUGAGAAAGCAGGGGCUGACUCGCCGAUGGAGGGCACAGAUUCUGAGCGGAAUGGACCUGAAUCAAAUCACCAGUCAUUGAAAGUCAGUCCCUUUCCUCUGUCAACAAACCUGAGCAGCAGCAAGAAUAAAAUGGAGGAUUGUGGUGAGAUGUCCCCGGCCCUCCCUCCUUCUCACGGCCCGACCCCCUCACAGACGGCCCUGCAACAUACACAGCUCAUGCUGACUGGCUCCCAACUAGCAGGGUUGACAGCUCUGUUGCCAGCACAGCAGCAGCUGUUGCUGCAACAGGCUCAGGCGCAGCUCCUGGCUGCAGCUGUGCAGCAGUCCAAUGCAGCCCAUGCCGCUCACGCUGCCCACGCGGCCGCCCAAGCCAAUCAGCAAGCUCAGGCGGCCGCAGCAGCAAAUCAGCAAGCGCAGCAGCAGCAGCAGCAGCAGGCGGGAAAGGCGGGUCAGCAGGCUCAGUCCCAGUCCCAAGGACAGGGACAGAGCACACAGGAACAGACAGCCCAAAGUGUCCCGGUCCCCCCUCCUCCGCCGCAGCUGACCCUGUCCCAGCCAAUCCAGCUCACCGCCCAGGACAUCCAGCAGUUGCUGCAGCUUCAACAGUUGGUGUUGGUGCCCGGUCACCCGCUGCAAUCUCCUACCCAGUUCCUCCUCCCGCAGGCCCAGCAGGCCCAGCAAGGACUCCUAUCGACACCAAAUCUUAUUACGCUACCUCAGCAAAACCAAGGGAGUCUGAUGUCUGGUCCAACUAGACUGGGACUGCAAGCACAGCGAGAUAAGAGCGUGGAUGUGAGCGGUGGUGGAGGCGUGACCACGAUGCCUUCAGUGACCUCUCACCCCGAGGAGCCCAGUGACCUGGAGGAGCUGGAACAGUUCGCCCGCACUUUCAAACAGCGACGCAUCAAACUGGGCUUCACUCAGGGAGAUGUUGGUUUGGCCAUGGGGAAGCUGUAUGGCAAUGACUUCAGCCAGACGACCAUCUCCCGCUUCGAGGCCCUCAAUUUGAGCUUUAAGAACAUGUGCAAGCUGAAGCCGCUGCUGGAGAAGUGGCUCAACGAUGCAGAGACCAUGUCCAUAGACAGCACCCUGCCCAGCCCCAGCUCCCUGUCCUCUCCCUCAAUGGGCUUCGACGGGAUGCCUGGCCGCCGCAGAAAGAAGAGAACGAGCAUCGAGACGAAUGUACGUGUGGCCCUGGAGCGCGCAUUCAUGACGAACCAGAAGCCUACCUCAGAGGAGAUCCUGCUGAUCGCCGAGCAGCUGAACAUGGAGAAGGAGGUGAUCCGGGUCUGGUUCUGCAACCGCCGGCAGAAAGAGAAGCGCAUCAAUCCCAGCAGUGCCACCCCUCCCCUUCCCAGCCAGCCCCCCACUGCCCCACCAACGCACAAACCACCCUGCUACAGCCCCCACAUGUUUCAGAACCCUGAAUCUGUGUGUCUGUCUCUCGGCCAGAUGUCCAGCCAGCUGUCGCAGGCCGUGACCAGUCUUAGCAGCACAACGGUGACUUCCAUGUCCUCCAUCUGCCCCCUGACCUCCAGCCUCACCUCCACCCACCCCUCCAUCAGCUCAACCCACCCCUCCCUCAGCUCCGCACCCUCCCCGGUUACUCCUCCUCCUCCUCCCCGCAGCACGGCCAGCCCAGCCACUCCCAGCCACAGCACACUCAACCUUAACACAGGCUUAUGGCGUAUGGGUAAAAAGAACGGUGACGUGUCUAACUACAUCACCGAUUUUGCUGCAAACUUGAGGAACACUGUGAUGGGAGUUAACACAGGGAUGAACCAAGCCCUCCUCGGUAACAAUCCCCUGGCCACUAUCCAAGCCCUAGCAGCCAGUGGUGGUCAGCUGCCUCUUUCCAGUCUUGAGGGGGCCAGUAAGAUGAUGCUGGGUACCUCUGGGGGGCAGGGAGGUUGCCUCCCCUCCUCCCUCUUCCUCAACCACCCUGCCUUCAUACACAUGGGUCAGAACCCCGGCGCUGGACUGAUCAGUGCUGCCGUAGCCAAAGCCUCCCAGUCCUCCCCCUUCCCCUCAGUCAGCAGCAUCAGCCCCACCCCCUGCUCCCCCUCUCCUUGCUCCAGCCCCAUCUCUUCCUGCUCCUCCAGCGAAAUGGCGCACAGCCCGCCAUCUCUGGGCGGGGCCAAGAUUGAGUGACCACACCACGGGCCAAUCAGAGAGGAGGAGGACGGAGGAGAACAAGAACCUCGCCUUUCACACCAAAGCUAUCUCUUUCUCUCUCUUUUGCUAUUCUUCCGUUACUUUUUCCUCAAUGUCUCUCUCUCUCUCUCUCUCUCUCUCUCUCUCUCUUUCUCUCCCAGUCUUUCGAUGCCAAAAAUACACAGAAUGAAAGAGGAGAGCGGGAGGGAGAGAGUUGAAAGAGGGGAGAAGGGGGGGAAAGGGGAAGAUUAAAACCAAAAAUCUUUAUCUAUCAAAACGAAUGGAGAGGAGGCAACGCGGGACCUUUUUUCCAAUAACGUGUGAUAUCGACAUGGCACCUCUCCACUCUUUGUCUCUGAAGGAAAACAAACCAAUGACUCUUUAACACAGAGAGACGGAGGAGACGGCAGAGACGCAUGUCGAAGUGCAUAAACCAAAAAUGACAAAAGAUAACUUUAAUAUGUGACAAAAGAAUGGCGGCAAGGACCAAAAAAAUGGAGAGGAGGACUUUUCUCUUUUUUUCCUCCUUAUUGUUAUUUUUUCGAAAAGCUGCGGGUCUGAAGGAAGAGGAGUAGGGAGGAUACGUUUAAACCAAAAAUUUACCUGAGGCGGAAGAGGAAUACACAAUGACGAAAAAAAAAGUCAACCAUACCAAAAUCCCAAAUACCAAAAAUACGGAGAGAAAAGCUUUAUUCAAAGGACAUGUAAAUACUGAAGCUAUCCAGGACCAGGACUCUACUGCUACUCUACACACACACUCGCACACACACACACACACACACACACACACACAAACAUCAAGAGCCAAUCCAUCCUGCCAUCGACUCAUCUUGUCUGUGUCUGCUCAUGUGUCUCUCAUAGGUUUUCAUGCUAGAUUUUCAAAAAUAAUUUUGUAAAAAUUUCAUAUGAUUGCCAAUACUGCUGUACCUUCAUGCGUUUAGUCUCUUUACCUACCUCUGGUUCUAAGAGCAUAGAAAAGCUUUUUUUUCUUAUUCAGUAUCAGUUUUUUUACACUUUGAGAAGUACAGUUGGGAUUUGUUUUUUAAAAUUAUUUAUUAGGGUUAUUUUAAAAUCCAGCUCUUAUUUAUUGUUGCAGCUUUUUUUCUUUAGUGUUAGCUUUUAGGGUUUGAAUCAUCAUCAUUGUCAUGAUCUUUGUCUUCAUCGCAUAUAUUUGUGUCAUCGUCGUGCAUUUUGUUUUAAAUGUGACUUUUCUGCAGGAAUAGAGGCGACGAGGGGGGAAAGAUGCUCGUCUCAGUCCUCACCAAGUGCCAGCCGAUCAAAAAAUAGAGUCGGCACACUUGCAAGUUGAUUUCAAGGUGUGAAUGAAUUUAUUAAGACCUAAGCAUGUGACAUUCUGUGCUCUUAAUCAACCCACUCGCUCCUCACUCUUAGAGAUGAACCCAUUAUCAGUGACUCCACGGCUAAAUGAACAUGCCCUGGAAACUUCGCACACCGAAAAUGACGUUUGUUAGGAGUGGCCACCAUUUUGAAAGUAUGAAAUGGGGCUUUGAUUGAAGAUUUGAAGCAACAGCCGUUAAGACUGAAGGCUAAAUAAGUCAAUAAAGCCAAGUUUAGUCACAGCCGGCUCUAAUUCCUGCCUCGUCUAUCAGCACAGACUCCCCGACACCUGUCUGUCUAGACACGUUUACUGAUAUUUGUCUGUUUCCAUCAUCACUCCAUCAAUCACAUUUCACUGUCAUUUUCCACCUCAGACUGCCAUUAAUUCUCCAAUGGAAACCAAAGCAUUCUUAAGGCUGGGCUCAUCUUGAAGAGCCUCGGCCCAGACAUAUGAACACAAUAAAGACGCCGAGCGGGUGGCACGGGGGCUGGGAACAGGACGUUACCACCGGAAGCCCCCUGGUGUAAUCCCCUCCACUUGGCCCGUCCAAAAAACCCCACUGGGGAAGCUUUAUUUAGGGAACUGAUCCUUUAGUCUGAACCCCCCAGAAAGAAGGGUACGUUGGGGCAGGCGAAGGAGGGACGCACUGUUGUGAGGGGAGCAGUUUGACGGGAACACAUUUUGUAAGAGGAUACCAAAUAUAAACCCAAACCAAAAAAAAAAAACAACAACAACAAAACAAAAACCACAACCCAAGGAAUGACAGAAGCAAACCAAAAAGAACCCUAACCAAAUGAAGCUGGAGGGAGGAGGGGAGGAGGACAAGUGCCGGCGUAGAAAGGAGGGAAGCCGUCGCAUCUCUCUCGCUGUCUGUCUGUCCGUCUGUCAUUUAGCUUUAGGGCUGCAGCAUUCGCCCCACUCUGAAACUGUGUAGCAUGGAUAGAGAGAUACAGCAAGACAGCCAGACAGACAGGAGAGCAGGAGAAGGACAGACAAUUCCUCCCCUCCUUCCGCCUCUCUCCGGCUCAGCUCUCUGGUCCUGGAUGGAGCUAAACGCAAAUGACCUCACUGAACUGAAAUCUUCUAAAAAAAAUCUGUUUUUAUUUUUCUGUUGGUUGGUUCUGAUUGUUUUAUCUCUGCUGUGUCUCUUGAUGCCGUUUUAUGUACUGUACUUUAGUGCUUAUUACUCAUUUGGAAUAACGUACUCGCUUACUUACUACAAGAGCUCCUUAUUUUUUUUUCGUAGUCGUGCUAGAGAUUUUUAUCAGGUGGUUGGAAAAAAUACUGUGAAAAUUUAGCUUCCAGAUUUUUAUUAGGUAAAGAAACGGACUGUCUUGGCAGAAAAACAAGGAAAGACUAACACAAAAAGCCAAAAACAAAGAGUUGAAUAGCAAACCUUAAAAAUGCCAAACCAAAUGCUGAACUAAACCAAACACAGUAGAGAGGAACUGGAACUGCCUUCUCUGCAUGCAGGCGAAGAAAUGGGCUAGUGUCAAUUUGUCUGAGGGGAAACUGUGUGUUUUUCUGUAUAUAAGUGUUAAUGGGAUGGUUUUUAUGAAUAGCUACUGCAGUGAUGACACCUAAAGACACAGAAUGAUACACACAGACACAGCCUCAGUCAAGUUGAUGGUUUGAGAGUUGGACGUAAAGUAUAUCCAAAGAAUAUUUGGUUUGGUCCACGCCAGAAAAACAGUUGACACGCGAGAAUCGUCUCACGAACCAAACUUUAGAUGUGGGCGUUCGCACCUUAAAGGUGGAACCUUUUCUCCACAUUGACUCUUAGACGGAAUGUAUCUGUUAGUGCUUCUAUAGAUUUUGUAGAAAAAAGAUCUAUGUUCUACUGCUUACUUAUCGCUAAUGUAUUAAGAAGAAAAAAAAACUUACAAAAAAGACUUUGAGAAAAAAAAAGAUCCUUAAAAAAAAAACAUUGAUGAUAAUAACUUGAUUUUAGACCAAAAAUUUUAACUAUCUCUCUUUGGACUUUUUGUUUCUCCACAUCGAUGAUGAUUUAGACUUUUGAUUGUACUAUUUAUUCGGGUAGGGUUGAUUUAUUCGCUUAACUCUUUUGUCUUGCUAUUUAUUUGUUAAUUUAUUUCUAGAGGUGCUCUUUUUUUCAUAUCCUGGGAUGUAUUUGUGAUUAUUAUUAUUUUUUGCCCCUGCUGAAGUUCUUUCUUACCUCUUUAAGCCAAAUAAUAACAGAAAUGCAAGCACGGGUCCUGGAGGGACUUAAGAAGAGAAUAUGGCUGAUUUGAUGGUCAGCCACAAAGAUAUUCUCUUCCUGACUGAGGCGACGCUCCGCUGAACGGGGAGGGGGAAGCUGCACUGUGUGGACAAACACCUCAUGAUUCGAUUAGGGGGUAAAAUGUAUUUGGUGUGAGCUCUCCUGGACACACACUUGCCUUUGUAUCUCCUGAUAAUGUGAUAAAACAAAAGUGGGAAUUCUGUUUCAAAGCAUAAAUAUGAUUUAUGUGCAAGAAAAAUAUACUGCCUGAGUUACAGCAUGAGGUGGUCUCUGAGGCACAGUGCUGCUUCUGUUCUCUAAAUCUUCUCCGCGGGGAGAACACACUGAAAGCUUUACAGCUACACAACCAAAAACACAGAAGACGAAGAUCAACGGGGGCAAAGGCUGAAAGUUUUUCUUUUGUUUUUACGUGAUAGAGACGAAAGUAGUCGGAAGAGAAAGAGGGUGGUUUUGGCUUCCCAGACCAUUGUUGCCCUCUAACUUCUCACUCUCUCUUUUUUUUUUUAAAUUUUCUGUAAUUUUUUUUCUUCCCACUUUUCUGUAAAUUUCCGUUCGACGUUUUUUUCUGUAGGGUGUAAAAGAGAGAUAGUUCAUCAUAUACCUCAUAUUCUUUGAUGAUAAACCAAAUAGAUGAAUGCUUUAAUGCGGGGGUCAAGUGGGGGUCAGGGUGGUACGUGUGGACGGUGUGUCGUUGAGGCCGGGAGCAGAUACAGUGAGGCUCCGUCCUGAUGGAGGUAAACACAAAUGUUUGGGAUUGAUCUGGGAAGUAACAGAUCAUUGAAUAGAUUUUUUUUCCCCCAUUCGAUCCAGAAGGUGCCAUUAAAGGUCAAAAGGCCAUACUGGUUCAUGCUCCAGCCUGCUCACACACACACACACACACACACACACACACCUUGUCCCCCUGGAAAACCACCCCCGCUGUCUGUGUUGAGCUUUGAACACAGCCCUCUCCUCAUAUCUGACCCUCGCUGCUUUCUCCCUGUCAAACAUGGACUGUGGGCUUAAAGCUGCUCUUUGGCACAGAUCUGGGAUUAGACUCUGGAUCCAUUUUGGCUUGAAAAGCUUUUAGUUUUGUGCCUCAGAGCAAAUUUAACAGGAAGGUCGUCGAGCCCCCUCUCGCCUUGAGGUCUUUAUUGCCUGAUGAGGGGGCACAUUGACCACUUGAUGUCCAUGUGUAUCACGGAGUGACGCAGGGCAGGUGACGCGGGGGAACGGCUGAGACUGAGGUUGCUAGGUGACGCAUUCAGACACCUCUCACGACUCGGUGUUUGUUGAGAAAGUGGCGGUUGGAGGGAGAUGUGUGCAUGGCACCGAACCAAGGGAAGGGAUGUGGAGUUGCAUCGCCCUCUGGGAGCCUCAGGGUUUGAGGGACCGGGUGUCAAGUGCAGGUCUCCGUGGUGGGGAUACCCCCAUAGUGAAUGAUACCAAAGUCAAUGCCUUGCCACGGGAUCCAGCAAAAUGUUCACACUCCCCAAAACCCUGACGCCCGCUAGAGUGUUCAGAAACUCCACUCUCCUCCAUGCGGAUUAUCUGCCAGCAAAAUCGUGAUCAUUUCCAUUUCUCCACACAGUUACAUAUUCUCUCUAUGCAAGAGAUGCAACUUUAGAACAGCAACUAUAAAAGUAGCUUCAAAGGAUUAGUUAGACUUUUUGGGGGAAAUGCCACAGUCAUAUCUGUGUGGUAAAUGGGAAGGCGCCCCCCCCCCCCCCCAGCAAUGUAGCAAACAUUAUGGAAUCAGGGGGAAACAGCAAGUCACUGCAGCAGGCCUAGAAAUAGUUCCAACACCUUGUAACUUCCUCAAAUCCAUAAAUUGUCUGUAUUUUUAUUAUUGAGCUUUUACCUGUGGACAGUAGUGGUGUCCAGCACCGAUAUUAAUUACUCUUUCACGCUGAAUCCUCAUUUUGCGUAGCUUUUUAACACCAGAACUCAUUCAUGACUGAAAGCACCACAUCAGCUCAGCGUUGAUACAGUAUCCUGUGUGUUAUUGCCUGAACAAAAGCUGUAAACAGGUGGCUGCUGAGAUUACCAUCAGCCAGUUUCUGUGCUGAACUGAAUGCAGAUGCCCUGAGCGGCAAAAGACUGAGCUGAGCGGCAAAAUGAGAGAUCGUUAGAAAUCGGCUCCGAACAUCGCAGCGUUAUGAAUGGCAAUGAGUUCGCCUCUCUCCAAUGUUCUCUCUGAAGUGCAUAUGAACCAUGACUUCAAUGCCUAACUGCAGUGAUGACAUAUAUCUGCGCAAAAUGAUUUGAAUCAGCAAACUGAUUCAUAAUGUCCUCCUCAUUUUGACAGAGCAGUGGUACCUGUUUUCACACUUAAUGCUAAGUUAAGGCAACCAACUCCAUCUUCUCAUCUAAGUCUUGGCAUGACACUGAAUAUGCACAUUGCCCCAUGAGGAACCAGUGUUUGAACUAGGUUGAAAACACUCGGAAAAGAGGCGAUCCUGAUAGAAAACCUAACGCAUCUCUGAGCACGAAGCCAUGAGAGAUAGUAACUGUUGCUGGAGAAGGACAGACACGGUAAGCAGAGCGAAGAAAACAACAAGAGAGAGCUGCUACUUCCUCCUUCACCCACUCUCAUCCACACUUCCUCCCUUUCAUCUUGUUCUCUUCUUUCUCUCUCUUUCUCUUUCUUAAUACAGCUUCAGUCCAAAGGUUUUCCAGCAACUCUGCAAAAGCAAAUCAGAUGUUAAAGAAGGAAUAAAAAACCAAAGAGCUCUAACUUGACCUUCUUCUCUUCAACACAUAGCCUCCACCUAUCUCUCUCUCUCUCUCUCUCUCUCCGUCCAUUCCUAUCCCCGUCUGCUCUCCUCGAACUCCUCCGUCACCUAGCAAGACGGUCUUUGAAGCAUUAACCUCAGCUUUCCAAAGGGAAAUAAUAAUAAUGAUAAUAACGAUGAUAAUUAUGAUGAUGAUGAUGAAAUGUAUAUUUUUAAGUAUUUGUCAUUGGAAAAAUAAUCUUAAGCUUCUCAUAAUUAUGAUGAUCAUAAUGAUGAUGAUGACAACGACGAUGAUGGUGAUGAUGAUGAUGAUAAUGAAGUUUCUCUUGGUAUCUUUGUAGCUGUUCUGAUCCUUCUUAAGUUCUUGUCCUUUCUGCUCGUGCUGCCAGAGUACUGCUAAACUCCCAUCACCCCCCCCCCCCCCCCCCCUUUUUAAAUUUUGUUUGGUUUAACCCAAUGUUUGGUCCUAACGUCUAACUAUCUGACCUUUACCCCUGGAUGUGUGUGUGUGUGCGUGUGCGUGCGUGUGCGUGCGUGCGUGCGCGUGCGUGCGUGUGUGUGUGUGCGUGUGUUUGUGUGUGUGUGCGUGUGUGUUUGUGUGUGCUGGCAAACACUGACAAAGGGAAUUUUGAGAUCUUCUCUGGAAGUGCUUUCUUGUUGUUGGCUGUUAAAUAGGAGAGGGUUUCAGUCACUCAUGUCGACCUGUGUGUUCGUUUGUUUGUGUGCAUGUGUGCAUGUGUGUGUGUGUGUGACAGGGUUGCUGGAAAAUGGGAAGGGUGUGGUUCCCUGCUACAAUUAGCUGCAAAAAGACAAACAGAGUUCUUGUUCUUUGGACGACAACAAGCCCCAACAAUGCUGUCAACUGUAACGUACCCUUUGCCAACUUCCUUGUACACCAGCCAGGGUUAGGGUGUGUGUGUGUGUGUGUGUGUGUGUGUGUGUGUGUGUGCGUGCGCGUGCGCGUGUGCGUGUACGCGUGCGUGUAUGGUUGUUUUGCCUUCCCCCCAGUCCACCCCUUCCCUUUCUGUCUCUCACCUUCCUCUCCCUUGUGGUAGCAAGUUAGCCUUUUAGUGUAUUUAUCUUGAAAACCCCAAAAAAAUGAAAGAAAAAUUACUCUGCUUGUUCAUUGUACAGUGUUGUUCAUUUUAAGUCAUUUUUGUAACUGAAAGUGUUUCAUUCAUCCAAAUAAAACAGGAGACAAAAACUGAA